AUGUGGUGGAAUCGAUUCAUCAUCCUAGCAGCUCUCGUCAUUGUUUCCAAAUUCACAGAGGAUCCUCAGGAUGCUUCUCAGUAUUACUGCAAGGUGUGGGGACGUGGCAUGUGGUCUCACCAGCAGCUCAAUGCCACUGAGCGAUGCAUCAUGGAGAACCUCAACUACCGCAUCAUGCCCCUUUGCGAGGAUGAUUGCCUGACGGAUGCCAUGGUCGACAUGCAACUCGCUGCCCAGCAGCAGCCUGACUGGGAGCUCAAUGAGUACAUGCCCAUGGAUAGCGAUGAGGAGAGCGACGAUGGAGCAAACAUCAGCCACUACAUGCCGAGUCACUCUCGUUCAAAGACUCUCGGCUCAGGCUCAGCAGUCUUGGGACUAGGUCUCUCACUCACUCCAGUCGAUACUCCAACAGCCGAGGUCAAUCACGCGACUACCCCGCAACCAUCGGGGCUCUGCAACGACUACUUCAACCAUUACCAGGCACAAGAUAAUUGA